AUGGCUCCAAUCACAUCAUCAGUUGCUAAGACUGCUCAAUUAGCAGCACAAGCUAUGAAAUAUAAUGUUAAACCAUCAAUGAAAACAAUUGGUCAAUAUCAAGCAUUAAGAAUGAUGGAUAUGACCAAUCUUCGUUCAAAUUCAACUAAAUCAGGUCCACAAGAAAUGACAGUUAGAGAUGCCCUUAACUCUGGUUUAGCUGAAGAAUUGGAUCGUGAUGAUGAUGUUUUUUUAAUGGGUGAAGAAGUUGCUCAAUAUAAUGGUGCUUAUAAAGUUAGUAGAGGUUUGUUGGAUAGAUUUGGUGAAAGAAGAGUUAUUGAUACUCCAAUUACUGAAAUGGGUUUCACUGGUUUAGCAGUUGGUGCUGCUUUACAUGGUUUAAAACCAGUUUUGGAAUUUAUGACUUUUAAUUUUGCCAUGCAAGCAAUUGAUCAUAUUAUUAAUUCUGCUGCUAAAACUUAUUAUAUGAGUGGUGGUAUUCAACCAUGUAAUAUUACUUUUAGAGGUCCAAAUGGUGCUGCUGCUGGUGUUGCUGCUCAACAUUCUCAAUGUUAUGCUGCUUGGUAUGGUUCCAUUCCAGGUUUGAAAGUUCUUUCUCCAUAUUCUGCUGAAGAUUACAAAGGUUUGAUUAAAGCUUCUAUUAGAGAUCCAAACCCUGUUGUUUUCUUGGAAAAUGAAAUUGCUUAUGGUGAAAGUUUCCCAAUGAGUGAAGAAGCUUUAUCUAGUGAUUUUGUUUUACCAAUUGGUAAAGCCAAGAUUGAAAAAGAAGGUACUGAUUUGACUAUAAUAGGUCAUUCUAGAGCAGUUAAAUUCUGUGUUGAAGCUGCUGAAAAAUUGGAAAAAGAAUAUGGUGUUAAAGCUGAAGUUGUUAACUUGAGAUCUAUUAAACCUCUUGAUACUGAUACUAUUUUUGCUUCUAUUAAGAAAACCAACCAUGUUGUUACUGUUGAAAAUGGUUUCCCAGCUUUUGGUGUUGGUUCUGAAAUUUGUGCACAAAUUAUGGAAAGUGAUACCUUUGAUUACUUGGAUGCCCCAGUUGAAAGAGUCACUGGUUGUGAAGUUCCAACUCCUUAUGCUAAAGAAUUGGAAGACUUUGCUUUCCCAGAUACCGAAGUUAUCAUGAGAGCUUCUAAGAAGGUUUUGGGUUUGUAA